AUGGAUCCAGUCCAAACAAAUUUUGGGUAUUUCGCGGACGAGAUUAUCCUCGAAAUACUAGCAAGAUUACCCAUCAAAUCCCUGUUUCGAACCAAAUGCGUAUGCAAACUCUGGUACAAAUUAGCCUCACACAAAUCAUUCACACAAAUUUAUAAUGAAUCAUCUGUGAAAAACGUCAUGGUUCUUGUGGAAGUUACAGAAUCGUCUAUAGAAUCAACAUCAAGUCUGAUUCUCGUUGAUAACAAGAGAGGUGUGUCUGAAUUCUCAUUGGAUUUUAUCAAAGACAGAGUCAAAAUUAGGGCUUCUUGCAACGGAUUAUUAUGUUGUUCUAGUGUUCCCGAUAAGGGUGUUUAUUAUGUUUGUAAUCCUAUGACUAGAGAGUUCAAAUUGCUACCCAGGGUUCGAGAAAGACCCAUAACUCGGUUUUACCCUGAUGGUGAAGCAACCCUUGUGGGCGUUCCUUGUGAUUUGUUGAACAAUAGAUAUAGUGUCGUUUUGGCUGGAUAUCAUCGCAUGUUUGGUCAUAGACCCGAGGGUAAACUAAUAUGUUCUGUUUAUGAUUCUGAGUCAAAUAAGUGGAGAAAAUACGUAUCUGAUCAAGAUGAUCAUGGUUUCACUCGUAUGAAUCGCAAUCAGGUUGUGUUUGUGAAGGGUUCACUUCAUUGGAUGACUCAAACUUUUGCUUACAUUCUUGUUCUUGAUUUGAAUUUUGAUGUAUGGAGAAGGAUAUUGUUGCCAGAUGAAAUGGGAUGUGGGAAUGGAAGUGGGAAUAGGGUUUACUUGUUGGAAUUAGAUGGGAAAUUGUCAGUGAUUCAGAUUUCUAGUGUUUGGAUGAACAUUUGGGUGUUGCAAGAUUACGAAAACAGACAUUGGGAUUUGAUUGAUCGGGUGAGUUUGCGUUGUAUUCGUGGAAUGGUGCCUGGGAUUUUCCCGAUAAGUCAAGGGGGCGAUUAUGUCUUUCUUGCUAGUCAUAAGCAGGUUUUGGUGUAUCAAAGAAAGACAAAAAUUUGGAAGGAAAUGUACUCUGUGAAGAACAAUUCCACAAUGCCCUUGUGGUUCUCUGCGCAUCCUUUUGGUGGUACGAUUCUUCCAUGUCGUUAA